CGACGACGUUACGUAUAUCAGUAAAGCGGAAGUGCCGGUAAAGGCUGUGAGCUUUUUAUAUACAGUCUGGCUGUGAGCUGUGUGUUGUUCCUCUUGAAUGCCACUCGUUUUGAAAAGGUGUCAUCAUGUCAAAGCAGCCGUUGGGGAAGACGUUGUUGAGGAAUGUAAUCCGCCACACAGAUGCCCACAACAAGAUCCAGGAGGAGAUGGAGAUGUGGAAAAUGCGAGACUGGGAGACCACAACAUCCCACCACAAACAUUUGUCAGAUACGGAGUGUGUGAGGGGGCGAGUGAAUCGAGUACCAGAUCAACCCAGAGACUUGAGUCGAAGCAGAGAGCGAAUCUCAGAACAUGAUGACAGAGAGGCUCGAUACUGGUCUCGCAAACUGUAUGAAUUUAAGGCCAGUGAUCCUGACAGAUGGGGACAUAGCGGCUUCAAGGAGCUUUAUCCGGAGGAGUUUGAAAGUGACAGUGAAAAACACAGUGCCACGAAGAAAACUGGGCACCACAAAAUGAAAAAGUCCAAGUCUGACACGGAAGCAAGCUUAUCAAAAAGGUCAAAAAAAUCUCGAAAGAAGAAAAAGAAAAGGAAAAGGAAAGGCGAGGAAGGAAAGCGCAAGAAAGCGGAGAGCACGAGCAGCAGCGAUGACAGCAGUGCUGCCAACAAGAAGCAGAGUAAAAGGACUAAAAGUCGUCAUAAAAACAAGAAAAUGGCUAAAACUAGAGAGAGGGAUGAGGACAGUAGCUUAGGGGACAGUGAUGAUGAAAGAGAAAGGGAGAGACGGACUCACCGUCGCAAAAAGCGAAAGCAGGACUCCCACAAAGACUCAGACUCGGGGCCGAACUCAAUAAAGAAGAGGAGGAAAAACUGGAAAGCAGCAGACAUCAACAAACCUGCGCUCUCGGCCCUCUCUGUGGGCGUUCUGUGAAGCAAUUCCACAUCCACCUCUGCAGUGGCUUGAAGCACACUGAUCGGCAGUACAGACAGCAGGCAGCAUGCAGAGGGAUGGUGCGGUACCUGCCUCAUGCCUCAUGGAGAAUUCUGUCAGCUGCAGGCUCAUUGAUUGAUCAUUUAGUUUCUCCUCAUUCGGUCUGCCUCACAAGGAGACCCUUUGUCCUGAAUUGAUUCACAUGUUUUUUCCUAGCGCAUUUCAUUCAAGAAAAAAAGACAUUAUGCAAGUUUCCUCACCAAUUAUUAUAGGAUGUGCAUUGUAUUUUAUUCAUUUUGUUUUUAAUUUGUAUUAUAUUUGUAUGCAGCACAGCAAUUUCCAUACAGGUCUGUAUUAUUCUGAACCAUACAUCUCUGUUGUUAAAUAAAUUAGAGAAUAUACUUUAA